AUGGAUCCAUGCCGAGGGCUUGUUCUGGCGGACAUAAUAUAUUUUGAGAUGAAUUUAAAGAUACUCCAUGAUGAAGGUGAGGUUGAAGAUUUCAGCAAGGGUGUAAUCGUUUUCAACAGGGCCUGCCUCCCUAAUGAUAAGCAGACUGUGGGUGUUAGUCUAAAUAGCUAUCUGAGUAGGGUGGAGGUGAGAUGUGUGUAUGUUGCAUAUCCCAUUGAAGCUACCAUUGAAGUCAAUAUCUUGAAGGGACCGUGUAGUGUCUCAAGAGUUGCCGCCUGGACUACCAAGAAUUAUGAGUAUAGUAUGGAUCUUUACAACGGUGGUGAAGCAGCAGCAGAGAUUGAGGCAGAAGGGACCGUUCCCUUGAGUCGUCGCGUUGUAGCUGUCCCACUUGGUAGAAAGUUGGUGGUCCUUGUCACCGGUCGUAGCGUUGGUGAUGUUUUUGAUAAAAACAUCAUCGCACCUUUAGGACGAUCAACUGAGUUGAUGCAUUAUAAAUUAGGCUCCGCACUUGUGGAGGUGAAACUUGUCUGGACAGCUCUUCCCAGACGCGAGAGAGAAGAUAUGAUCAAGGAUGUGGGAGACGAGAGCCUUUUGAUGUGA